AUGCGAGUCUACCUAGAUGGUGCAGUACACAAGCCGCAUAACUCUGCUAUCAGCAUCCAAGCACGAGCAAUAAGCAUCGCCAGUAUGUAUUCGUCAAGGAAUGUUCGACCGAAGGCGCUCAUAACUGAAGCAUCGACUCCACGAAAGUCGACACCGGUGCGAAAGAUAUUGGUGGGCAAACGAAUUUUGCAGCGAAAACCUACCACGUUGUUAAAACAGAUCGAUACUAGUACGUUGACACGUCACACAUGCAAUCUCUCGUUGCCUUAUGCUUCGACAACGCCACUUUUCCAUACGCCCGGCAUAGACUACGUGUUAUCUGUAACGCUGAACAUGCUGAAUUCUCUCUCCGGUCUCAAAGAUUCUCCACUUACACGUCGUCUACUUCUUCCAACUUUGUGCCAAACGCGUCGGACAGAUCUGCUCUUCGUUGUCUUCACCAAGCCAACAGAUUUUAAGGCAAGGAAUCAUAUUAGACAGACCUGGGCCUCUUUACGCUACUUUCGCUUCGAUGGCAUAAGGAACCAUUCGGAGAAUAAUAUUGGUGUGAUUGAUUAUUUCUUUACGGUUGCAUUCUCGAAUCCACUCAACGUGAGUCUCCAAGAUUUGGAUCUCAUCACAGCUGAGAUUUUUCGAGAGCGUGAUAUGCUACCUGUCCAGUUGAAAGGCGCCCAGAGCAACUCUGUUACCCUGCACUUACUUGCUAGCGAAUUCCUAUUAACUGCUUGCCAACACAACACACAUCACGUAGUUUUCAUCGACAAAGGUCUUAUCCCAAACGUUCCGUUGCUAGGCAGUUUUGCUGUGUCACAGACUCCAUCCAGUGACCAGACACCGGAGCCUGUGUACUGCUUUUCUGUGACCGAUGCGCAACCUAUACGCCCAAAGAAGGAAAAACGCCUGAGCUCAGCGGAAGUGGUCACUCUAGCCGAAUGGCCUCGACCACGCUACCCCCCUCAUUGUAACAUCGAGUUGGGUGGUUUUAUGAUCUCCCUGUCCAGCCUACGAAUGUGGCGCGCCUGUGCUCGGCACUACAGAGUGUUUAAGUUACCUCAUGUUCAUCUGACCGGCAUUUUGACGGAAGCCGCGGGGAUCCCCGUACGGUCUUAUUGGGCCACUUACGGACAAGCCACGCGCCUGUUGCCUGGCCUUGGCGUCAGCUCUGAAGCUGGUCGACAUCCAUUUUUUACGCACGGUGACCAACAACCGACAUGGGUUUGGCGAAGUGUGUUUCGGGCCACUCUGGCUGAGGCGUUACUUUAA